AUGUUCUAUUAAAGUGACAAAAAUGAAAUACCAUUUAAUGGACAAUUCGAAGAUAGCGAGGAAGAAUCAGAAGAACUCUCUGAAGAAGACUCAGAUGAGGAUGGAUUGUAAAAUAGAAGAAGGAGAAAAAGAAGAUAGUUAGUUAAUAAUAACAAAAUAUUAAUCAUGAAUGUAUCGGACACUUAAUACGCUGCUGUUAAAUUUGUGGGCAAAAUCUUGAAUAAAUUUAAAUUGCAAUACACUCCCUACUAAGAAACCUAAGUAUGGGACUUUUGUUGGACUGAUAAUGCAGUGCUACCUGAAACUCUCGCACGAAUGUAAAGUAUUCUAUAUAUUUACUUAAAAUAGGUCAUUAGAGAAUUAAUCAUUUCCCUGGAAUGUACUGCAUAGCUAGAAAGAACUAUUUAGGCAAGAAUUUAAAUAAAAUGGCUAAAUAAUUUCCAGAAGAAUUCGACUUUUAUCCCAAAACUUGGAUGCUACCAUCUGAUAUUUCAGAUCUUAGGCAAAAUACUAAAAAAAUUAAAUACUUUAUUGUAAAGCCUGAAGCAUCAUGUUAAGGCAGAGGUAUGAUUGUUGGUUUUUAUUAAAAGGCAUAUUCUUAACAAAGUAAGUUGAAUCAAUAGCAACUGAACAUUGUGUAGUACAAAGAUAUCUGCAUAAACCAUUGUUAAUUGAUGGUUUAAAAUUUGAUUUUCGUAUGUAUGUGUUAUUGGCAGGUUGUGAUCCAUUGAGGUAAUAUAUAUGUAGUCUACAUUAGAAUAUACCUGUUUAAAGAAGGAUUAGCAAGGUUUGCUACACAACCAUACUAAUAGCCCAAUCAAAUGAAUGCUGAAGAAAUGUGUAUGCAUCUCACGAAUUAUGCAAUUAAUAAAGACAAUCCUAAUUUUGUAUUCAAUACAGAUGAAUAAUAAAUGGAUGUGGGACAUAAAAGAAGUCUAUCUAGUGUGUUUAAAUUGCUAUCCUAAUAAACAAAUAUUGAUGAAUUAAUGGCAAAAAUUAAGGAUUUAAUUAUAAAAACGUUUUGUUCAGUUUAACCAUUUCUGCAAUCCAAUUACACUCAACCUGACAAUUAUGCUAACAAUAUGUGCUUUGAGAUUCUGGGAUUUGAUAUCCUUCUUGAUAAUACAUAUAAACCAUAUCUAUUAGAAGUAAAUCAUACGCCAAGUUUCACUGCAGAUACUCCUCUUGAUGCUAUAAUCAAAAAGAAUCUAAUAAGAGAUACUGUUACACUUAUGAAUAUCAAUUUAAAAGUUAAGAAUGACCUCUAAUAAUUGUAAAAGGAGUAGAUGCAAAGAAGAGUACUAGGAAAAAAACCUAAAAUUUCAAAUGAAGAAAAGAAAACACUCAAACUUUAAGCAUAAAUAGAAAGAGAACAAUAUGAAUCCUAACACUUGGGGAAUUUCGAAAAGAUUUAUCCUUGUGACAAGUCUUAUGAUGAAUAUCUAUAGCAUUCAUAAAAACUAUAUGAAGAAUGGACAGGAGCAAGUAAUUUAGAAUAAUAUAUAUAAACCUUUAGAUAUCCGUAGAAAUAUUAAAAAAGACAAUUUUACUGAGAGAGACAGACUAAUAUAGUAACGAUAGAUAUAGCACUCCAUUACUGUUUAAGGCUCUGUUGAUUCUAGAAAUAAAUUAGAGCCCUCUAAAUCAUCCAAUAGAAAGAGUUUAUAUAAGAAUGUAACAAUCAAAAAAGAAAAUAAACAAAAUUUAAUUAAGUAUUAUUGAAUCAUAAUAUAUAGCAAAGUAUUUUCAAACCCUUUAAAAUCAAUGACGGAAUUACCUUAAUAGCAACCUCUAGAACAGAAAUUAUAAAAUAGAGAUGAAAAUGAAAUUGCUUCUGAAGACUAACAAAAUACGAGUAAGUUUUAAGAGAACAUCGAUAGAUUUAAAAGACCUCCUUCAUUUUACAUAUUGAAAUCAACGAAAUAAAAUCAGGAGUUACAAAUAGCAGACUUUUUUAACUAUAAAAGAAUCAGUUUUCCUGAUACUUCUCCUUUAUCCUAACCAAACACCUAAUAAGUAUUACAAAUUUCAUCUUAAUAAUAAUUAAAAUCCUCUGCUUAAAUGACAAGAAAGUUUUCAAUUCGCAAAUCAAAUAAAAGCAAAUUAAAGUCAAGUGAAAGUGAUUAAGAAGCUAAAAAAGAAAUGAUUUAAGCAUUUAAUCAAUUCUCUUAAAUUUAGUAAUAACAAUAAUAAUCAUCCUUUUUUUAAUCUUAAUAAUAAAAUUUUUAAAAUUAGUAACCACAACAGAAUGGUUCAUUUGUUAAACCAAAAGUGUUUAAUUUAAAAUUGUAACCACCUCACUUUAAAAUACCUUCUUUUCCAAUAUUAAUGCAAUAAUAAAAUUACUAUAAAUUAAGAUAUGAUUGA